AUGCGCGGGCGGCAGCGGGAGCAGCCCCGGGUGCAGCCCCGGGAGCAGCAGCGGCAGCGGGGCCCGGCGCUGUCUGCCGCCGUCGGGGCGCUGUGCCGGGCCCUGCCGCCCCACGCCCGGCCCGCCCCCGACACCCUGCGCCGCGCCAGGUUCGACCGGCCGCAGGCGAGCCUAGACUUCUGGAAGCUGCUCUAUGUGCUUCUGAAGCAGAUCCACGGGGGCAGCUGGACAGAGUCUGAUGCCAUAGGUGCCCAGGUGAGGUUUGUGCAGUGGGCCCUGUGGUACCACGGCUACAGGCGGCCCCAGCUCCGGCGGCUGCCGGCCGACGGCUCCGCGGGCAGCCGGGAGCUGCUGCUGGCCUUCUCCUGGCUGCUGCACUGCCCCGGCCUCCUGCAGCGGCUGCUGGCCCUCAACAGAGUGCAGACUGGGGACCACACCUCUGUGUGCACGUGUGAAGAUGAUGUGCCCGAGAGGCAGGAAGGCCCAGGUGAAGCAGGCCCUGAAGGCAGAGUGGAUGUUCGAUACCUGCAGUGGUUGCACGGGAGGCUGAGGUUGCAGUGGUGCAGUUUGCACGCUCAGCACCAGGAGCAAUGCAGACUUUUGCACAAGAUCCAUUCAUUCACCAGUGGCUCCCACAUGGACCAGAACCUCGGACAUUUCUCUGUCACAGAAGCAGAUCUCAUUAGACAUCCAGAGAACUACAAGCAGCUGUUGCAGCUCCUGGAGUCUGAGACCACGCAGCUGGAAGCCUUUCUGGAAUGGAAGCAACUGGAACCAGUUUACUGGCAGUGGAUGGAAACUGUGUUGGAUGAUAUGGCUGAGGAGGGAAAUAUGUGUGAGUCCCAGGAUGCUGAUGUGGAGAAAAGAAGGCUGCCAGAGGUGACCUCCUGCUGCCCCUGGGCUGCCAGGCUGGCUGGGCAAAUGGACAGGUUAUCCAGGGACCUGCUGGCUCUGCAGGAGCAGCUGCAUCAGCUCGUGGCUCAGAGAAAGGCUGCCUGGUGGGAGAAGGUGGCAGCAAGAGAAGAGCUGCAGAAGGAGAGGUUCUCUGCCACUGCUAGAAAAGCACAGGAAAGCACUGAACUGAAACUGAGAGGUCUCCCAUCCCUCUGUGCUCCUCAGAAAACCAGAAUGCAUGGUUUGUGCAGGCUGGUGCUGAGGAGCAAACAGCCUGCCAGCAAAGUGGCCUCUGGUCAGUGUGUGUCCCAGGAGGCUGCUGCAGCUCUCAGGGCUGCAGAGGUGAUCAGAGAGCUGCAGCUGAGGGAGGCCAGCCUGCAGAGAGAGCUGCAGCAGCUGCAGCAGCAGUGCAGGACCAGGCUGGAUGGCAUUGCAGAGGGCUUGGAGGGAGUGAUUUGUAUCUCCCCCUGAAGAGAGGAACCUGGGCUGGGAGAGGCAAAGGAAUAGAGUGGCUUGGUCACAUUGUGCAGCCUGGCACGGGGGAGUGUGAGCUGAGGGACCAAAUGGAAUUUUUAAUUCUGCAGCCUGGGAAUCAUAACUUGUUACUGCUUUGUGACUUGUGCUGGGGCCACAACCCCAGUGCUCUCUCUGCAGCCCCUUUAUUGCUAACCCUGCCAAUUAAAUCCUGCAUUAGGCCUUGGUGGGAGUGUGCAUAAAUCUCCCUUUUAUCUUCUGGAUUUCUGGUUCUUCUGCCAAGCCCUGGGCUCUUUACAGUGCUCAGCUGCGAGGCACGGUGUACACUGAGGCUGUGCAUUGAAGUACUAAUUGCAUUCAAUAUUUCCCAGCAAUUGGAAGAGUUCAUUAGUCAGAAAAAUCCAAGUAUUGGAGAACAUGAAAAAUACCAAGGCUUAGAGAUUGGAAAUAUUCAAGAGUGUGUUGUUUUAAUUCAGCUGCCUGGAGUAUUUGUGGCAGCUGUAAUGUAGUCACAAUAAAGAAAAACAAAUGCCUAAUAAUAAAUAAAGCACUGCACUGAUUUCAUUUACUGGUGUGAUGCACUUGAAGUAAUUGGGUUCUCAAAGAGAACAAACUAGAAACCAUUCCAUCAGCUCCUGAGUCACAGUGAGAUGGAUAACUUCUGGGCCUGCUAUAGGAAGUUUCUGUGGUACAGAAAUACAACCCUAACUUCCAAGCUUGAGGAGUCUCCAGGUUCUGUCUCUGAAGGCUUCUUCCCUUGGAACAGUGAAAUGCUUUUCCUUUGGCCUUAAUUUCCUACCCUUUUUGCUUUGCUUUCACCAAGGAAUAUUUUUAUGUUCUAGUUGUACACUCUGAGGAAUAAAUAAUAUUUCAAGAAACCCGUCUGCUGUUCAUUUGUGAAUUGCUGUGGGCAGUGGGAUUUGGUUUGUCUGGGGAAGCAGCCCGUGGGAGCAGGGUGUUUGUGUGUGCUGUGCAAGGCUGUCAGUCACAGCCAGGGUUCCUGCUGGCACUGGGAGUGACACAGUCCUGGAGCAGGAACUCCCUGUGGGACUGGCAAGGUCCAUGUCUGGGGCAGGUGGCCCCAGGCUGCUGCUCCUGGAAGAAUCUCCAUGGCUUUGAAAAGCCAAUGCACACCACUCUGCUUUCCAAAGCAUCUCUGUAGGUGCAGGGCACCUGUUCCAGGCUGGUACAACUCUGGGCAGGUGUUGGCUCCAGGACUGCUGACAUUUAAUGCAUGAGAGGGCUCAUUCAGACAGAUUUCACAGAAAAUUAUUAAUGAAUGGGAGUGAAGCAGUAUAUCCCAGAACUAACAAGAGUGCCAGCACCAGUCUCUCUCUCUUUGACUAUUUUAUAUCCUCCUUUAGCUUUUAUACAAGGAAAUUUUCACACUGCAUCCCAUUUAGGCUUAAAACGUUGCCCUCAAAAGAUCUUUCCUUCUCCUGGGAUACUCAGCAGAGAAGAGUGGGCAAAUAUUCUUGAGCGUGGCAAGAGCCCUCAGAUUCAAGUGCAGCUCCAGCUCAUGGCCUGCUGUGGCUUCUCAGGGCUGGCUCAGUGCUGAAUACCAGGAUCUAUUACCCUGCUGUGCCCUGACAGGAGUCCCUUGGGGGUGGCAUUUCCUGGGGUCAGCCUUUUGUCACCACACACUGAGUGCCCUGUGCCUCUGUCCAGCCAAGGGCCCCUUCAGCAGGGACUGCAGCCGGCAGCACC